UACGGCCAUUGCAAGGAAAGAAAUCGAAAGCACAUAAACAAGAAGAAGAAGAAUCAGCUGCCAAGGAUUCCCUGCUGUUUCUCUGCCUCUCCUUUUUUUAUUUUUUUGUUUUAGGAAGAGAGGAAGCCAAACAACAUUAAUCAGAAUCGAUCCCGUACGACACCACACGACACCGAAGAGGGAGGAGAGAGCUGGUGGAUUGGAUCAAUGGAAUCAAAGAUGCUUUGUGCCUUUUUUGGUCAAUCCAAUCGUUUCCAACCACUCUUAAUUUUUUUAUAUAUAUUUUAUUUAAUUUGGUUUUAAAUUUGACUAAAAAAUUUGAUUUUAUAUAAUAGUCCUAACUUGAACCUAUCCUUAACCACCGGCCGCCACCUCCAACCCCUCCCGGUUGCUGAACCCACCCUUUGUUAGGUCAACGUUGGAGGUGUUCUUUCUAAGUAGGGUUCUGAUGGAGUUGUUAUUUUCAAGGUUCUUUGAAGUGUUCUUUGAAGCGUUCUUUCGAGUUUUACGUAAGAAGUUAUUUGAAGACAUAUAUAUGCAAAAGAUUGGCAUUACCGACCAGGUGAAAAGUUUUGACGAAGAAUUGAGGUUGUUGCAAUCUUCGUUGGAAGAUGUGGAAGCUCAGGUAGAACUAGUUGAAUAUGAAAAGAAAUGGGGAGAUAUAGCUGAGGAAAUUUUCCUGGAGAUUGAGGAAGUCGUUGACAUGUUUCAAAACAGACCAGGUUGGUAUCAGAGGGUAGGGCUUUUCAAAUUUAUUAUUCGUAGUGUUAAUAUUCAAAGGAAGGUGCGCAAGAUCCAGGUCCGGCUCAGGGUUGUCUCCGAAGGAAAGCCUAAACUAAAUUCUCAAGCGGGGCCAUCCUCUUCUCAAGAAGCAGCUCAAAUCACCCAUGAAGACAAAAUCACCCAAGUCGACGAUGCCAUCACAGCUGUUGUUUCCGUUCUAGACAAAAUCAACGCCAUGCUGAGUCAAAAGUUGCUUAUCAACAGGAGAGUGAUACGAGAUAUGGAAAGCACCAGAGAUGAAUUUAGAAAACUGCUUGGUAUUCUCAUCAAUGAUUUCAAACAAAUAGAUGAAAGAACAAAAGCUUGGGUGAAGGAAGUCAAAGAUGCGUCAGACUUAGCACAACAUAUCUUUGAAUCCUUCAUUAACAAAAGACAACACCUCGGAAAACUGUGGAUUUUCAAGGUUCCCUUCUUCCGUCUCAAAGAUUUCAAGCUUUCAAAGGACAUGGAGUGGAUCAAUGUUAGAAUUCCACGUCUCUAUGAUAGAAAAUGGAGAUACAGUGUUGGAGACUUUGAAGGACAACAAACGCUGGCCUCAACCUGGAAGAGAAUAAUCUCUUGUCCCAUAGAAAAACUCUCUAAGAUUGGCACUCUCCUAGCUUCAUUUCAGCGAUUGGCGUUGGGUGAUGAACUAGAGUCAAUCAGGAGAGAUGUGGAGCUUAUGCAGGCCUUACUUAAAGAUAUUGGCCCCAUGGAAGACCUAGACAAGAGGGUAGAGGUUUGGUUGAAGGAUAUCACAGAAAUUAUUGACCGUGAUGCUAAGGAUCUGGAAAAGUUUGUUGAAAGAGCCAAAGCAGAAGCAAUUUUCAGUAGGCAUCUUUCGAUUUUCAGGAAAUUGAGAGAUCAAUCAACAAUCGCAACAAAGAUCAAACAGAUCAACAAUAAACUUAUUGAUAUCUCCGACAGAAAGUGGACCUAUGACAUUGGAAAAAUUGAAGCAAGAAAAGACUCAUAUGCUGAGAAUCCAAGCCAACAACAGCAUGUAUUAUCUACCUCUGCUGAUGCCGUUGAAAAUCACAAUAUCAGAAGUUCAAGACUCAAACUGCGGCCAUCUACAAAUUUGGAAGAGAAGGUUGAGUCAAUCAGAAAUGAGCUGAAACUAAUGAGUGCUUUGUUUGAGGAUGUGGAAUCAAUGGAAAAACAAGACAAAAGACUGAUGGUUUGGGUCGAGGAAAUGAAAGAUGUUGCUAGAGAUGCACAGAAGUUCAGUGACUCCUAUGCUGAAAACGUAGAACAGAAAGGGAUGGUUUCUUUCAGAAGGUGUUUCUUUGCUCAAUAUUUGGUUCUAAGGGAAGUUGACAGGAUCAAGAAUCAUAUCCAUCAACUUUCAAAAAAAAAGAGGAUCUAUGAUGUUGGAGGCAUUAAAGGAAGGAAAGGCCCAAGCUCUGCAGUUGAAAUCCAACCAGAAAUUUAUGAGAUUACUGAAACUAGUAAUAUUAAUGAUCUGGAGGGAGCUCAGCCUGUCUCCUUGCAUGCGGGGAAAUUGGGAGGAUUCACAUUUCAAAAUCUUUCUAUUAUUCUACGCAAUAUAUUACUGUUGAAUGGUAAUCUGCUAGCUGAUCCACUUGAAGAAAAUGUUGAGUCAAUCAAAAGAGACUUAAGUCUUAUGGAUGCUCUAUUUGAGGAUGCAAGGGGGAUCAAAAUACAAGAUAGAAGACUGAAUGCUUGGGUGAAGGAAAUGCACAAUGUUCAUCAGGAUGCACAGUCUGCUAUCAACUACUACAAUGAAGCAACUAAAAGCAGAAGGUGGAGCUUCUUCAGUAGGCUGUUGAUGGAAUGCAAGAUCGGAUUCAUCAUGAUGGAAAUUCAAAAUGCCUCUGAAAGAAUGUUGAAAUAUGACACUGAGCAUAUCAAAAGAAGAGAGGAGUUGGCCACUAUAAGUAGAAGCCCACAUCAUACUCCACCUACUUUUGUCAUCAAACAACCGAACAUCACUGGCUUUUCGUCUAAUGUACAAGCAGUGCUGGCUCAGUUGCUCACAAACGACAAAAAUUGCCUCGUCAUUCCAAUUGUGGGUAUGGAAGGCAUUGGGAAGACAACCCUUGCAAGGUCGAUUUAUAGCAAUAAUGCUGUUUUGUACCAUUUUCCUUGCCGGGCUUGGGUAUCUGCAUCUUCAUACUGCAAUAUUGAAGCACUCCUUAAGGGCAUAGAAGAACAGGUUCUGAUGGGGAUUCAAGAACAGAAUAGGAAACCGAUUGUAGUAGCAGAUCUGAAAGAAGAAGUACUAAUGGGGCUCCAAGAACAGAAAGGGAAACAAAUUGUGGAUGAACCGAUGCAGAUGCUAAAUGAAGUCUUAGUAUCUACUCGGUAUCUCCUAGUCCUGGAUGAUAUGAGGACAACUGAAGUCUGGGAUAGACUGUUAAAAGAAUUCCCAAGCACUUUGCAUGGUAGCAGAAUUAUUCUUACUACACGUGAUAGUAGCGUACCUACUCAUGCUAACCCAAAGAGUGUUCCUCACAAACUGCAAUUACUAAGUGAUGAUGAUAGUUGGGCUUUAUUUAUCCAAACUUUGACAAUUCCUGAUGGACUGCUGGAACAGAGCAAAAAAAUGGUCACAAGAUGUGGGGGCUUGCCUUGGGCGAUUGUAGAACUGAGGAAACAAUUUUUGGGUGUAGAAUCCAGUGCGUGGUUGAGUGUGCUUAAGAAUCUUAAUAAUGGCCAAAAACCCUGGCUAAAGACACUGGAAGCAAUCAAAGUCCUGCCCUUGUACUUGAAGCGCUGCAUCUCUUAUCUCAGACGAUUUCCUGCAGGGUUUGAGAUCUCCGUGCGAAGAUUGAUUGUGUUGUGGGUGGCUGAGGGUGUAGUGCAUCAAAGGAGAGGGGAUGAAGAUCCUCCUGAAUCUGUAGGUGAGAGGUAUUUGACAGAGUUGUUAGACAGGAACAUGGUUCAAGUAACAAAAAGGAAGCUGAAUGGGGCUGUUAAGAAAUGUCGCCUACCUCAUGCAAUUAGAGAACUCUGGUCAUUAGAAGCAAAGAAAGCUGUAUCCCCUAAAAGCUACACAAGAAAGGGUUCCAAGAUAUCUCCACAGACUUGUAAAAUUCGUCAUCUUGCCCACAUUUCUGAUCAAACAGAUGUCAGCUUUGAUCAUACUGAUGGUGAGAUCACAAAUCUUUCUACUCCUUUAUUACCCGUUCAUAAACACGUCAUCUCUUUUCGGUCAUUUGAUAUUCGUGAGGGAUCUCAACCUGGAGAAGAAUUAGGGGGGUUUCUUGACCGAUAUAUUUCUUGUGGGUAUUUUUUGUCAAUGCGUGUGCUCGAUCUUGAACGUGUAUUUAGACCUGAGUUGCCCAAGUCACUCGGUGAACUAGUCCUGUUGAGGUACCUUGGCCUGAGAUGGACUUACCUAGAGGAACUUCCAUCAUUCAUAAGUGAAUUGCUGAAUCUCCAGACACUGGAUUUAAAACAUACUUCCAUCAGCACUCUCCCUCCUUCAAUCUGGAAGAUGGAACUACUGCGACACUUAUACUUGGAUGAGAGUUAUCGAUGUAGAUUUGUUCCUCGACCAGAAUUCUACUCUCUGACAAACCUCCAAACAUUAUGGAGUGUUUUCAUUGACGAAGACAGUCCAGUGAAGUUUGAGCUGGACAGGUUGAUCAAUCUGAAGAGAUUGGGAGUGACAAGUCGGAUAAUGUCAUCUAGGCGAGAGGCAAUGUUGUCCCAACUAGAAGCAGUGGCUGACUGGGUUCAAAAACUAACUCAGCUUCAAUAUUUAAGGCUGAAAUCGUUUGAUAAACAUGGUCAGCCUUGGUUUCUACCCUUAAAGCCUUUGUCUGCUCACACAAAUCUGUCCAGUAUAUAUUUGCUUGGUUUGAUAGAGGAAAAAUUUCUUGUGUAUGGAUUACCUUGGGCAUUAACUGAACUUACUUUGUCAGCAUCAGGACUAAAAGAAGACCCCAUGCGGACAUUGAAAAACCUGCCAAACCUGAGAAUUCUUAGGUUGUUCUCAAAAUCUUUCAUAGGAAAGCAUAUGCUUUGCUCUCCAGGAGGCUUUCCUCAGCUUCGAGUCCUUGCACUCUGGAAACUAGAACAGCUAGAGGAAUGGAAGGUGACGAAAGGAGCGCUUCCAAAUCUCAUAGAUUUGGAGAUUAGAUCCUGUACAAAGUUGAAGAUGCUUCCUGAUGGAUUGCAAGAUUUGAGGACCCUCCAGAAGUUGAAGUUAACAGAUAUGCCCAAGCAGUUCACAGAUAGGAUUACGGUUAACCAAGGUGAGGAUUGGGAUAAAAUUGCACAUGUUCUUCAUGUCUAUAUUGAUGAUGUUUUGGUUGAUGAUGGUGAAAUACCACUAAAUAUGGAACUGUUGAACUCCACAAUCCAUGAGAGACAGAAAAUCUUCCUGAAGAGGUUAGUCUCAGCAAAAAUCCAAGUAGACUCCUCUGAAUGUCCCUUCUGCGGAGCGGAACCUGAAUCUGCAGUCCAUCUGUUCUUCUUAUGCAAACCCAUCAAGAUGAUUUGGUUUGCCAAGUUGAGUAUUAGGACAGAUGAUUUCUCUCACUUAUCAUUCCCAGAUUGGAUCAACCAUAUUCUCACUCCAUCCUUGAUAUUUGGAGUUUCUCCUCCAAGCAAGUCAAAUUUUGUGCUUUUUGCAGUAAUUCUCAUGGAAAAAACUUGGCUUUGGAGAAACAGAGCUAUCUCUUGCUGUCUAAAGGUUGAACCAGAUACAAUUUUGAAAGAAACUUGCUCAGCUUUCAAUGAUCAUGCAAAGCCUCAGCUUUCAGUGAACAUGCAAGGGAGCUUCUGCUUCAAUGACUAACUUUGGUGCUGCUUUUCAAGUGGCAUGUCGAUGUGUUAUGGUGGCAUUUCUACGACAGCUCGUAUGGAUCCUAUCCAUUCAUUUGUUUUCAUGGCCUGUUUUGUGUUUGAUUUAUGUAUUCCUAAACUUAUUGUUUGUGAGCCUGUUUUGUGUUUGAUUUCUGUAAUCCUAAACUUAUUGUUUGUGAGCUUGUAGGCUCAACUAGUCUAACCUCUGUUUUCUCGCGUGUA